AUGAAUAGCCUCCUUGCACGCACCAACGAUGCACUCAAAAUCAAUCCUCCUUCGGGGGACUUCCACCUUGUCGUCAACGGCUCCAAUUGGCUCUGGGCCGUGACCGCCAUCUACGCCUUUUCCCUCCUCGUAGUGAUCGGUCUCACCUACUUCGCCAAGAACGGCGAGAAGAUAUUCCACUACCUCUUCCAGAUCUCCUUCUUUGUGGGCACAAUCUGCUACUUCGCCAUGGCAUCCGAUCUUGGGUCCACCCAAAUCAAGACUUCAGUCCAAGACCAGGGGCUCCGACAAAUCUUUUACACUCGAUACAUUAACUGGUUUGUCGGCUGGACCCCUCUCAUCCUCGUCGUAGGCCUCAUCAGCGGUGUUUCCUGGGCAACGAUUCUCUACAACAUAGCCUUAACCUGGAUCUGGGUGUCCUCCUGGCUCUCCGGCGCCCUCGUAGCAUCGACCUACAAAUGGGGCUUCUUCGUCUUCGGUACCUUCGCCUACUUCCUCCUCUCGGCCUCCCUCCUCACCAGUGGUCUCAGAACGGCGAAGCGCCUCAAAAUCACAAAACACUACAGCCUCAUUGCCGGCUCCCUGAUCCUCUUGUGGUUCCUGUACCCCAUCGGGUGGGGUCUCGAUGAUGGUGGCAACGUCAUCUCUGUCACCUCCGGCUUCAUCUAUUUCGGGAUCCUGGAUCUGUUGACGGUGCCGGUGCUUGGACUCGCAGUGUUAUUCCUGGCUAAAAAGUUUGAUUACAGGAGCUUGAAUCUGUACUUCACGCAGUAUGGGAGAGUUUUGCCGAGAGAGUAUCCAGAUGGCUCAGUUGUGGAGAAGGUUAAUCCUAGUGCCACGAAUGCUGCGGCUGUGGAGCACCCGACUCCUGUUCGCGCUACCCCCGAAUGA